AUUCGCCCAGCUGUCCAUGGGAUUAUCGGGAAUCGGAAUUAAACGCGAGAAGUGAAAUUGUAAACAAAGGGACUCAGUAAACUUGGAAAUCAUUCGAUGAGGGAGCAAGAAAUAUCGAUGUCGCGUUUGACGGAGUAGCCGAGUAAACUUUACGAGUCAUGUCAGGAGGCAGGGGUAUACUUAGUUUGAGAUUUAAUCAAGAUCAAGGAUGUUUCGUGUGCUGCAUGGAAUCGGGCCUGAGAAUAUAUAAUGUCGAGCCAUUGAGCGAGGAGGCACACUUUGAAAAUGGCCUGAUGGGAAGCAUCGCCUUGGGCGAGAUGCUGUGGAGGACGAACGUAAUCGCAGUGGUAGGAGGUGGUACUCGGCCAAAAUUUGCCGACAACACGGUACUUAUCUACGAUGAUUUGGCAAAAAAAUUCGUAAUGGAAAUUACCUUCACCGGGCCUAUUAAAGCCGUUCGGUUACGCAGAGACAAAUUGAUUGUUGCGCUGCAAAAGGAGAUACAUGUGUUUUCGUUUCCACUACCGACUCGGAGGUUGCUUACCUUAGAAACCAGGGACAAUCCCAAUGGUCUAGUGGAAGUAGCUACAUUAGCAGCAGCGUAUAAACAAUUACUCGCCUACCCUGGCCAUAAGCUUGGCAGCGUACAAUUGGUAGAUCUAGGCUCUACCGAAGCUGGUAGUUCCAGUGCUCCUGCGACGCUUGUAGCACAUCAGGGAGCAGUGGCUUGCCUUGCGGUUAAUGCCAAUGGAUCUAUGGUAGCUACCGCUUCCACUCAAGGAACAUUGGUUCGGGUUUGGGAUGGUUUGCGAAGGCAUUUAUUGGUCGAACUUAGGAGAGGCGCCGAUUCCGCCACUCUUUACUGUAUAACCUUUAGCAGAGAUUCAGAAUUCCUGUGCGCAUCCAGUGACAAAGGAACGGUCCAUAUCUUUGCUCUAAAGGAUACUCACCUGAACCGUAGAUCCACCUUCUCGAAAAUGGGAUUUCUUGGGAACUACGUUGAAAGUCAAUGGGCACUCGCUACCUUCACAGUACCCCCAGAGUGUGCUUGCGUCUGUGCAUUCGGAGCCAGGAGUUCCGUCGUUGCUGUGUGUAUGGAUGGAACGUUCCACAAAUACGUAUUUACGUCCGAUGGCAGUUGCAAUCGAGAAGCCUUUGACGUCUUCCUCGAUGUGUGUGAUGACGAUGAGUUUUAAGCAGGAGUAAAAAUUAAGUACAUGGGUAAAAUUUUCAUCUAAGAGUAUACACAUAUACAUAUAUGUUUUAUAGAAUUAAUUAUAUCAUAAAUUAAGGUACAAUUUUCUA